CCCCCAAGAUGGCGAUGCUGGCGGAGCCCCGUAGAAGGCAGAAGUGGUCUGUGGAUCCACGAAAUAGCGCUUGGAGUAAAGACGAAUCUAAAUUUGGCCAGAAGAUGCUGGAAAAGAUGGGCUGGUCCAAAGGAAAGGGUCUUGGGGCUCAGGAACAAGGAAAUACAGAACAUAUCAAGGUUCAGGUGAAAAACAACACGCUGGGGUUAGGAGCAACCAUCAAUUACGAGGACAACUGGAUUGCUCAUCAGGAUGACUUCAACCAGCUUCUGGCUGAACUGAAUGAUUGCCAUGGACAGGGUGAAACAGAGUCCUCAGUGAACAAUCAGAAGAAGACAUUCAGUCUCGAAGAAAAAUCCAAAUCUUCCAAGAAACGUGUGCAUUAUAUGAAGUUUGCAAAAGGUAAGGAUCUCUCUUCGCGCAGUGAAGAUGAUCUGUCCUGCAUAUUUGGGAAGCGACAGAAGAGUAUGAAGACACAGGAGGAUAUUACCGAUCCCGAGUCUCAGGAAGAGAAGAAGAGAAACCGCUGGCUAUCUGAGCCUGCAGACGGUUACAAUACAGUGAAGAGCGUUCUCACUGUGCAGGAAUAUUUCGCCAAGCGCAUGGCAAAACUGAAGGGAUCCCAGAAUGAAACAGAAACAAAGGCAGACAAUUCCUGCCCAACAGCUGACAAAGCUUUGGAGCCUUCAGAAGAACUGAAAACCAAAGUCAAAAAGAAAAAGAAGAAGCAGAAGAGAGAUGAGGCAGAGAGUACAGAGCAUUGCAAGAAAACAAAAGUGAAACAACCUAAGAUAGGUAGCUUGAAUGGAAAGGAACUGGAUGCUCCGUUAAAUGAAUGUCACUCAGGGAAAAAGAAGAGGAAACGUAAAGAGCAGCACGAAGGGGAAAGCAUUAGUUGUGAUGAAAAUAUGGGCAAUGGAGAAAUCUCAGGAAUAUCUGAUGGGGAAGAUCUCAGCGUAAAGGACUCUGAGGCAAAGCAAAAGAAACGCCAUAAGAAGAAACACAAAAGACAAAAAGAGGAGACAGAUGAGUGUUUCGAAGGAGUGCAGAGAAAGAAAAAGAAGCACUGCAAGCACAUUUAACCGUUUAAGAGUCAAGCUGGGACUCUGAGGUGAUUUGAACUUUAGCACGUUAGAGGAGAAGUCUGUGUAAGCACACCAGCCAGAUACCACGUAUUAAUCCAGUCAUGAGCACGCUGCUCUACCUCCAACUGAAACCACGGACUGUGUUUAAAUAUAGCUCUUUCAAGGGAGAACACGGUGACAGGCCAACAUGACCUUCAGUGCCAUGUUAAAUCCAUGUGUAGGGCCAAGGCUUGCACGUCUGCAAAGCAAGACUUGGUAAAAAACAGUGAGGCUUUGCCUCUUCCAGUAUGGCAGACUGGAAGUUCACCUUUCGUGGCUUUGCGAGAGCUAUGUUCUAACACAGCAGACCCUGUGCUGCCUUCAGCCCGGGUUCACUCUGGUGCAGUUCCAUUCAAGUCGGAUAACAGCAAGCAAAAUCAGGCCUGGUUUUAACCACUGUGGUUAAGACUGUGAAAGGCAGUGAAUUACUAUCUGCUGCUUCAGACUGACUGUGUUUUUCUCAGUCCGGGGGGGGGAAAAGUCACCCUACUUCUGCCUUUAUUAUUAAAGCCACUGUUGUUUUCACUUGUGAUAGCCCAGCUCUGCUUCUGGAAGCAGGAGGGGUUUUGCAAAGCUGUAUGUAUUUUUUUCACUGAUUUUUGCAAAGUCGUGUCUAAUUUUUUCAUUGAUCUCCUUUUACCUAUAAAAUGAAUGUUGUUUCUUCCCAAAAUACUUAUUCUAAUUAAAGGUUUACACCUGAGUGUCAGUACUAAAGAAUGAAAUAAAAAUACCUCCCUUUGUUUCCUA